CAUACUUCUGCCGACAUCCUCGUAUCCAGGAAGUUAAAUGCCGUUGCCAACAAAACAUGUCUGUGCCCUGAAGUGCAUUUCUCUCUGGAAAAUGUGCUCCCUCAUCUAAGAAUUUGUCGAAUGAAAGAUUCCAGUGAGAGAUCAGCUGCAUCCAAGACUCUAUGGUCCUAGUACAACCUGGCACAGCCCGGGUUCUGGUCACAGAAAUGAGCGGGUCAGGCCAAUUGAACCCAACCCCUGCUGCCUUUGAGGACUCUGACAUGCUGGUGGAACUCUAUCUCUCCCCAACAAAGCUGAAAUCGUUGAGCGGCACAGAAGACAUCUCCCAGGUCAGCUCCUUGGAGAUCUGUGUGGAUACUCGGGAAAACACUCUGGGUAACUUUGGUGCAUACUUGCCCAGGCUGCUACAGUUGAAAAUGAACAACAGUAUGAUAACGUCAGUCAGGGACCUGGGCACCACCCUGGCCCACCUGCAGGUGCUGUGGAUGUCUCGCUGCAGUCUGGUCGACCUGGAUGGUAUCCCUUCCUUCACCUCUCUGAAGGAGCUGUACGUGGCCUACAACAGUAUAUCCGACCUGAGCCAGGUGAGUAUGCUGGAGCACCUCCAGCUGCUGGACCUGGAGGGGAACGAUGUGGCUGACCUGGUGCAGGUUCAGUACCUGGGCCUGUGCAGCGAGCUACGCACCCUCACCCUGGAGGGGAACCCUGUGUGUGUGUGCCCGCACCCCAACACCAGCCAGACCGGGUACUGCUACCGCUCGGCCGUAAGAGAGCUGGUCCCUCAGCUGCGUUUCCUAGACGAUGUGUGGGCGGAGCAGGAGGUGGAGCGCGGCUCCAACAGCAGCUCCAUGGAGGAAGACUGGGCUCUGCUCAGACAGUCCAUCAAAGAACCCAGCAACAACCCCUCGGAGACCGCGACCGGUGCGUGCGUGCGUGUGUGCGUGCACGCGCGUGUGGCUGGAUCUGUACCACUAGGAGAGGGCAGCCAGUGUGUGGCCCCUGGCCAGGCCCAGCUCUGGCCAGCGCCCUGGCUCAAGCCUCUCCGGCUCCCGGCCUGUCAGUCGACCAGGGAGCUCCAGGCCCCACUCCUCAGCCGGGUCCAGACCCCCUUCAGCCGCUGGGGCCAGCCGCACCAUCCUCUCCCCUCAGGGCUCCAGACCCGGUUCUGUCGAGUCGGAACCAGAAGCAGUGGACCCAGACGCCAGCAUCCUGACACACGGUGCGGGCAAGAUCCUCUUCUGUGGGAACCCAGUGCAGGCUCUCCGCGCACGGCGCCACAAGAUGAAGACGGCCCCCCCCCGCGUCCGCCCGCUGCGCCCCCCCCCCUCCACGUUCCCGAGCACACGUAUGACCUUGAGGAGAUGGACGGGCGCGAGCGCUGUGACGUGUUCUCGGAGCUGCGGGCCUGGAGGGAGCAUCAUAACAAACGUCUUUUGGCCAUGGAGAAGGAGGGUUUUCCCCAGGCAAACACCUUCCUCAGUGAAGAUGACGAGGAUGAAGAGGACAGCCUCAGCAUUACCCUCGGCCUUGAAGAGGAAGAGGGGAAAGAGAUGGAGGGAAACAGAGGAAGACUCGGGUCAAACUCGCCAGACUCCUUAUUCCAGUCACCCUCUCCAGACCUGUUACAGAGAGAGGCCAUAUCUCCUGAGGUGGCCAGACAGUCCAUGUCCCCGGACUCCACUCCAUCACCCUCUCCCCCUCUCAGCUCCACAGCCUCCCCUGCUGGACAUAGGCCGUCGGGGAUCCGAGCUCGCAGGCUGAGGCUGAGCCAGGCUGGGGUCAGGCCUGCCGGGGCGGCUGCAGAGGCAGGGCUCAGUAGAUCCGACCUGGGGGAACUCCAGAGGCUCCAGGAGGGGAUGAGGCCCAGAGCCCCUCAGCGGCCCCAGACAGCACACCUCCCCCACCGGCCAGCCUCCAGCCCCCUGGGCUCUGGCCUCAGGGAACCAUGGAGAGAGGCAGGCGUGCCCACCGGGACGUCUGUCAACGGGCAUCAGCCAAUCAUCAUGCCCCGCAGGCCUCCGGAGGGGCUGGCCGCGGCGCGUCCUCGCACGGCCAGAGCGGCCCUGCAGAAACCUCCGCCGCGCCCCGCUCUCCAGCCCAGCAGAGGGAGCUCUCACCUAGACUGAGCUCACACGCUGAGGUGUGUGGCGGGAAGAGUGGUCAGCAGGGGCACUGACCCUGACCUUACAACAGAGCUGUCACUGUGUUCCCCCAGUGGAGCGAAACCCUGCUUUCAAUAUGAGAAUCUGUGGAAGGUGUAUGCCAUAAGAGUGACCCAUUACUGUCUCGGUGGUUUGGUAACCUGUUCACUGGUGUGACCCUUGACUCGCUGUAUCUCUCUGCUCUCUCACACACCUCUACUAAGAACUCCCAUACUUUGACACCUCCGCUGAGCGUCAUUACACGAGAACAGCUGUGUUUCCAGGUGUUUGUAGCUGAAUGUUGAACAUUGAGAUAUUUUUUUAUACCGCUUAUUUGCUCAGUUGCGACUGUGUUUUUGAAUUUAGAUGGUGACGUUUUUUAUUCACUCAGAUACUACCUUAAAUAAAUAUAAUAAUAUUGA